AUAUGCAUUUAAGGAGGUAGCUCCUGUUGGAAUCCAUCCAGCAGCAAAGUCUGAAAGUCCUUCAAAAAAUAAUGCUAUUACUUCUUUCCAAAGAAGAAUGGAAAGAAUUUAUCAAAACAAGUUAACUAGCGAAAUUUUUUCAAUUUUGUUAAAAUCUCAGACCACCAUUGAGAAGUUGGAUCCGUCUAAAGUUUUUAUCGAGUUUCUUUCUAUUAAAUCUAAUUCAUCAAAAUCAUUAAAUAUAAUGGAGAAACCUUUUCAAAAGGCUCCAUCAUUUGGAAAACUAAUUUAUUUAGGAAGCUCAAAUCUAUUACCCACAGAAAAUCCUAAUACAUCGAAAACACCUAUAAAUGGACCACCUUCUUUAUUAGCAGCACAACAUAUUAAUAUUAUUAUAGGCUUCAGUCACCUUCUUAUAGAGGUGGCAUUUCAAGUGAUAUUGGUAGAGGUGUACCACUUCCGUCAAGAUUAUACUUUCUCGAAUUCGUUCUAA